AAGACAGCCAUUCUGAGUGCACUGACAUCAAUGUUGGAACAUAUACCUGUGUUCAUGAAACUGUUCCACCCUCAGCUGCAGAGGGUGUUUGUCAAGGGCAUAAGUGACCUCACAAGUAUUGUUGUUAGGAAUAGAGCAGCCAAGGUGUUGGGUGUGUUGAUGAAGAGCCAGCCCAGGGUGGAUGCAGUCGUGAUGGAGCUUAUCGCAGGAGCAAAA